AUGCCCCAUUAUGACACGAAUACUAAUUCUUUUAUGCACAAUCACAAUCUAAAUAUAGCUUCCUUGAACUGCCGCAAUCUCGUCAAAGCAUCUACGCCCGAGAUUAGCUCUGACUUCAUCCGAUACCUCCGUUCCUUACAUUUGGAUAUCCUCUGUGUUCAAGAAUCACAUGCAGUCGAGGCAGUUCAAGAUCAACUCAAUUUACAAUUUCAAGCUCAUGACACCUUAUGGACCCAACAUUGUGGUAUUAUUUCAUUCAAUCCUUUAAUUCAAUUACAUUCGUUAGACUUAGAUCUAGAUCAACGCAUCAUUGCCUGUAAGGUUGUCCAUGCCAAUGCGUUGUUUCCACCCUUUACGCUCCUUAAUGUUUAUGCCCCAGCCCAGUACUCACCCCGAGUUCGGUUCUUCAGAGACCUACUAACGUUGCCCCUUUUCGACAUUCCUUCUUCAACCUCUCGGGAAUCCCUAUCCUCUUUAUCUACCUUGCUCGAUUCUGAUCCUUCCAAUCUUUCUCCCAUGCUUCUGAUGGGCGAUUUCAACUACCAUGCUACCUCCUAUCUGACCGACGAUAGUGAUGAUCCGGAACUUGAUACUGACAAUAUUACUUCAGGAGCUGCUAUUCACAGACACUUCCACCGACUCAUCAAUACCCACCUCUUUGAAUGCACUCAUUCUAGGGAAGAGGGUCCUCUAUUACCAACCUAUCGUAGACGAACUGGUCAAUCUACUAUCGAUUACCUUUAUGCUUCUAAUUUCCUAUUUCAACAUCUACAUUCGUCUGAAAUUAUGUUCCUUGACUCCUCCUGGACGGAUCAUGCUCUACUACGGGCUCGAUUUGUCUUUUCUUCGGAUCGUCAGGGAUCAGGCCUUUGGCGUGCUAACCCAAAUCUUUCGACUAACCCAUAUUUCAUUGACCAACUGUUUACAGCUCUUGAUGACUUUUUCAAUACCUUGGAGAUCUCUGCCUCUAUCGAUAUCGCCGCCUCUAUUCCUCCUGCUUCCCCACAGGACAAUUGGGAUGCUCUCAAAACCUUGGUGCAAGAAAUUGUUCGUCGAGUCAGUCGUGAUAGAAGUAGUGCCUUGGAACGUCAAUCCAAACGACUCCAACGUAAACGCAAUCGCAUCUGUCGACAAUAUACAGAUCCUCGGAUCCGCGCUCCUCUACUCUCGACUAUUGAAAAGCAGAUAGGUAUUCUUCAACGGGAGAUAGCUUCCAACUUACGAUUACGUGCUGGUAAACAUUGGCGCGAGCAGGGAGAAACCUCUGCCGGAUACCUCAAACGUACCAUUGCCACUCGUGCGGUCAAAAAGGCGAUUACUAGCCUCAUCAAUCCAGUUACUAACUCAUUAUGCACUGACCCCUCUUCAAUGCAGACAGCAGCCUCUAGUUUCUAUGCAGCAUUAUACUCCUGUGAUGCCGUGGAUUCAGCGAGUAUCGACUCUCUGUGUGCCACUAUUCCGGAUUCUGACACCAUCGCGGAUGCCGAUCAUGAUACCCUUCAGCAACCUUUCACCAUUGCCGACUUAUUGACUGGUACUCAUCGUACCAAGUUCCAAUCCAGUCCUGGUAUCGACGGUUUACCUUACCCCAUUCUCAACAUUAUCCUCAACCACCAGAAGGCCGCCCAACUUGCUGUUAAGGUGUUUAAUGAUGCCCUCAACCUGGGUAUCUUCCCUUCCAGCUGGUUGCAAACUUGCAUUUGUUUACUACCCAAGUCUGGCGACCUCUCCAACCUCAAGAAUUGGCGUCCUCUUUCUUUGAUUUGCUGUGAUGCCAAGAUCUUCACACGAUUGCUUAAUCAACGCCUUAUGCCCUUCAUGAACAAGAUCAUAUGCCCCCAACAGUCUGGAUUCAUGCCUGGUCGUUUUAUCGGUGAUAAUGGUAUGAUUCUCAACAACACUCGUCUCAUUGCUGCUGAAACUUCAUCGGACAGUAUUGCGCUGCUCUUGGAUCAAGAGAAAGCGUAUGAUCGCAUCCACCCUGACUACCUUCGGGCGGUGAUGCAACGAUUUAACCUUCCUACUAACAUUAUCCAUUCAUUAAUAACCCUUCUCUUCUCUACGCAAAUUCACAUCAACAUUAACGGCCACAUAUCCACCUCGUCCAUCACCCAACAACGUGGUAUCCGCCAAGGGGAUCCCAUCUCACCCCUCCUUUUCAACAUUGCUUUUGAUCCUUUCCUUCGUUCCAUUCAACAAGAUCCUCAGUUUACUGGUUUCAACCUGCAUACUGAAGCUCCACCUCCUACUAAUCAAACUACAUCUGACGAUAUUUCAGUUCCUAUGCAACAGUUGUUUCCGGACAAUGACGGCCUUGCUGUCAGUCCUGAUAAUACUCCUGCUCCUCCAGAUUCUCCCGCCUCUACACCUCUGGCGGUAAAAAUCCUGGCAUAUGCGGAUGAUACAUUGGUAUAUCUCCAUGAUACGCAGGACUUUCAUCGCUUGCAGACCGCCAUCACCAUGUAUAUGAAAGCUUCUAACGCAUUAUUGAACUAUCACAAGACAGUAGCUACAUCUCUCUCAGGCAAUCCUUCAGCAACUUGGCAAGCCUUACUCGCAACCUAUGGCAUAAACGCCUGGCAUGAUCGAACAUCCGCCACUCCCCUCAUUUAUCUCGGUUAUCCCAUCUGUUCCAGCAUUACUCAACGCAAUGUUGCCUUUCAAAAACUAUAUGAUUCCAUCCGAAAUGCCAUUGCUCUUCACUCACAACGCAACAUCUCCAUCCGUGGCCGUGCUACCAUUCUCAACUCACUCAUUUAUUCCAAAUUAUGGCAUGUUUUACGACUCACAACAUUUACCAAGGCCCAGUUGCUCUCUUUACGAAGCCUGGGUACCGCCUUCAUUAAUUUUCGUAUAUUCCCUAGACUCUCUUUUGCUACUCUCUCUUUACCUCGCUCUGCCGGUGGUUUGGGGCUCCUAGAUCCUCUCUCUCAACAACAAGCUCUGCAAUGGUACUGGGUGUGCCCUCUAUUGCUUCAAUAUCUUGACUCUCCGGCCUUCUCCAAGUACAACACUCCUUCGCUUCCUGUCUUAACUUAUACUCUUUCUUGGUGCUACUCCUCCACCGUCUUCCCUCAUUUCUUCUACUAUCUCUUGUUGCCUUAUGCUCGCCAUCGGUCGUGGUUUCCUCAAAGCCCAUCCCGUCGACACAGCUAUCUCAAUCCAAUUACUAAUCUUCAGUCCUGUUUGUCACUUUUCCAGAUAACAGAGCGUCAUAACUUAUACGUUGAUGCUGUUACUUGCUACUCACUUCCUCUCUAUGAUAUUCUUUUACAUUCACUACCUACUACUAAUACUCUUUAUUCAUCUAGCUUUAUACCACCGAAUCUUCUCUUAGACGGCUCCAACGUUGCAAAGAAGCUUCUUGUAAGCGACAUUUUCCGGUUAGAUGCUGAUCAUCAGGUGCUUCGUGUUCGUUCUUCCUUCCAAUUUGCUAGCCAUCCUAUUGUCUCCCAACGUGUUGCUGAUUUCAUCAAUUCUCGUCAACUGAUAUUCCAACCUUUCUUUGCACAGCAAUGCUUCAUUGCUCCCCGUCCAGCCCUAGACCCUCAUCAACCUCCCUCUCUGCGGGCGUUUUGCCGUAGCAUUUUCGUCCCUCCUUCUUCCUCGCCUUCGCGUAGUCGGUUGCCACUCAACAGCAUCCGCUUUUUUAAAAAACUACGCAAAAACCUACCCUCUUCCUCCUCCUCUCUUUCUCCUCUCCAACCUCCUCAAUGGCGCUCAUUCUGGACACUCGCAAUUCCCCUUGCUGCUCGCACGGUCUGGUAUCGGGCUAUAUAUGAAAAAAUCCCCACCAGAGCCCUCCUACAUCUACGCGUUCCUGACAAUCACCCUUCUCACCUCUGUACAAUCUGCCCUGCCUCUCCCACGGAGGAUAUCACACAUGCUCUGUUCUCCUGUCCUCCCAAGUUGCUGGUCUGGCGAUACAUGUAUCACACCUAUCUUUCUGCUUCUCCAUCAAUCUCUGAUGUUGAUCUGAUUCAUUUCUUACAACAAACUUUACUCUGUUCUUCCCCUCUUCUUGAUCGUGAUCCCUCUCUCUCGUUCAAUGAACUCUCUAUUCCUCAACUAUUCGCAACUACUCUUUUGACAAUUUGGCAAGCGCAUUGGCGCUGGAUCUUCGACCGAACCCCGUUCAUCGCUGACACCGUUCAACUUCGCCUUGCUCGCUCUCUUGCUCGUUUGGAUGCCGAGUUAAAUCUUGAUUCGUAA